AGAGACAGAGGAAGGAGGAAGGGACGGACGGCAUAGCGUAGGGAGGGGAUCCAUCCAGCAGAGCAGAGGAGAGCAGCGACCGGUCGGAGCAGAGCAGUGGCGGCCCACUGGGUCGGUCGGCAUGGAUUACCACCACCAUCACCAGCAGCAGCAGCAGUUCCUGAUGCCUCCGCCGGCGUCGCUGCCGGCGCAGCAGCAGCUGUGCGCGCCGAUGAUGGGCAUGGGCAUGGAGAUGGGCAUGGAGAUGGAGAUGGAGAUGGAGAUGGAGAUGGAGGAGCAGCUGUGCUUCGUGGGGAGGGGCGGCGGGGGUCGGGGGGCGGAGAGGAAGCGGCGGUUCACGGAGGAGCAGACACGGUCGCUGGAGUCCAUGUUCCACGCGCACCACGCCAAGCUGGAGCCCCGGGAGAAGGCGGAGCUGGCGCGCGAGCUGGGCCUGCAGCCGCGCCAGGUGGCCAUCUGGUUCCAGAACAAGCGCGCGCGGUGGCGCUCCAAGCAGCUGGAGCACGACUUCACCGCCCUCCGCGCCGACUACGACGCCCUCCACUCCCGCGUCGAGUCCCUCAAGCACGAGAAGCUCGCCCUCGCCGCACAGUUGCAGGAGCUGAGCGAGAGGCUGAGGGAGAGGGACGGCGGCGGCGGUGGCGCGGCGACCGCCACCGCCAGCAGCAGCAGCUGCAACGGAGGCGGCCGGGAGCUGGACGACGACAAGAGGAACGUCGUCGACGUCGAGCCCCCCGAGAGCUGCGUGCUCGGCGGGACGGCGUGCGGCACGCCGGCGGACGUCUCGGCGUCGGUGGAGUCCGAGUGCGACGACCACCUCCACUACGACGGGGCGGUCUUCCCGGAGUCCUUCUGCGCCACGCCGGAGCUGUGGGAGCCGUGGCCGUGGCCGCCCGUCGAGUGGAACGCGGUGGCUUGAGGCCCUGGAGUAGUAUAUACAUGUUGUGAACCCACGUAGGCGGCUUGUGUGUGUAGCUUCACGUACGUACGUGCAUGUUGUGCUCGAUUUCCCAUCUGGUUGGGGAUACAUGCGAGAGAGGCGAACGGGGGCGCGGCAAUGACGGGUGGGUCCGUGUAAGACAGAGGGUGAUGCACCUGAAUCCAGAGAAGUGACCUGAAACCAUGGAGGCGACCGCCCAGCCAAUGGGAUCAGGGAUUCGGAUGCUGCUAAAAUGUUGCGAGUUAGAGAUCAUUGGUGGAGUUUGCAUCAGCUGUUCUGUUUGUUGUUGCACCCGCUGUGAAUUCAAAUGUUGGAGGUAGGACCGAUCCAUCAAUUGAUAAUACUACAAAAUACUGCUUCUCAACUUUA